UGACAGGUCACCUGUACUGUAAUUAGAUCCUCAGCUUGUGUACCCGUACUGCUUAUGGACUUUGAAGGCUCUUUUCUCGUUACUCUCCAUCUAUUUUUUGACGAGGAAUACAUCCCCGGGCUCUAAAUGAAUCUUGAUGUCUUUGUUCCUGAUAUCAUCUCAAUGUGAGGAUUGUGGGGGGCACUCGGUGAAAUAAUGCGUCGACUUCUCUGUGUGCAUGUAUUCCUAUGCUGCCUCAGUAUGGCUCAUCCCUUCUGUCCAUCCCAGUGCACCUGUGUCUUCCAUGGACGUACCGAUGGAGCUGGAACCAGAUCUGUGCUCUGCAAUGAUCCAGACAUGUCUGAUAUUCCCGUUAACGUCCCCGUGGACACGGUCAAACUUCGCGUUGAGAAAACAGCAAUACGACGAAUCCCAACAGAAGCUUUUUACUACUUGGUGGACCUACGCUAUCUGUGGAUUACUUACAAUUCCAUAACCUCCGUGGAUACUGCAAGCUUCUACAACCUCAAAGUGCUCCACGAGUUGAGGCUGGAUGGGAAUAUGAUUUCUAUGUUCCCUUGGGAGUCUCUGAAAGAAAUGCCCAGGCUGAGGACCCUCGAUCUACACAACAACAGAAUCACUAGUGUCCCCAUGGAGGCAAUCCCAUUCCUACUCAGUAUUACCUACUUGGACCUCUCCAGCAAUAAAUUAGCCACCUUGCCCUCUGAGCUCAUGGAUAUCUGGCCCCCAUUCAAUGGAGCUGCCGUCUCUACUAAUGCCUCUCAGAAAGUUGUGUUAGGCCUCCAAGAUAAUCCCUGGUUCUGUGACUGUAAAAUCUCCAAGAUGAUUGAGAUUUCCAAAAUGACUGUCACCCCCGUGGUUUUGAUGGAUCAAUUCCUGACCUGUAGUGGACCAGAGAAUCUGGCAGGAGUCCUUUUCCAGCGCGCUGAAAUAGACAAUUGUGUAAAACCAACAGUCAUGACUUCGGCAACCAAGAUCACAUCUCCUUUGGGCAGUAAUGUUCUCCUGCGAUGCGACACCACAGGGUUUCCAACACCAUCUCUUCACUGGUCUAAAUCAGACGGUUCCACAGUCGACAACACAGUCCAGGAAUCACCUGGGGAUGGCAUCAGAUGGUCCAUCAUGAGCUUGACUGGAAUAUUGUCCAAAGACGCGGGGAACUACAGCUGCAAAGCUAAGAAUGUUGCUGGAAGUGCAGUAGCCACCAUUUCUCUCUCCGUUGCUGGGUCCAUCAGUACCACCAUUCCUCCAGUGAGCACUAGCAAUACUACUGCACCAACUAGCCAAGCCACAACAUUGGUUCCCCCAACAGACAAUCCUAACUUGUCGACCGUCACACUCACAGUUCCCCCAAGAAUAUCAACCACAAUAGCUGCAGUAGUCCCCAAGAGGGAGAAAACUACUCCCAGCAACAUUAUACAGAAGGGCUCGCUUAAACAAGGAAAAAUCCAGCAAGGCAGUAAUGGGAGGAAGCUUGCAGCAGAUGAAAAGAGCAAGAAAAGUGAUUCAGCAAAGUCAGUGAAAGACUUCAAGAUUGUAGAGGAAACGUCAGAUAGUGCAGUGUUGCUUUGGACAGCAGAUGGAAUACCAAAUGAUGCCCCUCUCACGGUUGUGUACUCACCUUACGGAGAGGAUGAAAUCAAAAGAACAGUGGAGACCAAUGCUGGAAGCGGAAAAUUGCUCCUAGAGGGAUUGUCAUCUGGGAUGCAGUACUCUGUUUGUCUCAUUGCUAAAGGAAGUGCUGCUGGAAAAGAUCCUUGUGUUGACUUCUACACAUUGGAUAAUGUAGAGGAUGGAGGGCAGAACCAGCUCUUUAUCAUCAUAAGUGGCAUUGCCUGUGCUUUGGUUUUGCCUCUGAUCGCAUUGUUGCUCUACAAGAUUCUUGCUCUCUAUUGCAAGGUUAACAACCCAGGAUCGGACGAAGAGGAGCUUGAAAAAGAGAGUUAUGUAAAGUUUGAGACAAUUUCAAUGAAACAAAGGACCCUGAACCCUCAUCCGACUGAGCUUUGGGCAAGGAGACAGACUAAUGAAUCAGAGCGAAUGCUUCUAUGCUCCAGGUCGAGCAUCGACUCCCAGAUGACAUAUAAAAGCGACAGUUCCCGAUCAGAGUAUCUCUGUUGACAUCAGGAAUCGACUGCCAAUUCCCAAAAGCCAUGGCAGUAACAUCUUCUUGUAAAUGAUCAUUAUUUGCCUUUUAUGACACUGAUCAAAUAUCAGGCAGGGUUGGUAAUUUUCUCCAGAUCCACUUUUUAAGGUUUUGGUGGAAAUUGUCUUUAGGUCCUGACAGACAUUAAUAACUCAUGUUCUCUGAAAAAGGAACAAAUACAAUCUGUCAUCUGUAGCAGUUGUAAGCCUGAAAAAACUUCAACCAAUGUCUGCCACGAGGUACCAAUCUGACGGACCAAUAACGCCCCCUGUCUCCCUGCUCGUUCUCUACCCCUUGUGUGCACUAGCCCACACUCACCGAUGACAGAGUUUAUACUGUGAGUUCGUCGUUAGCUUUUGUGAGUAGUUGCUGAGAGCUGAGGUCCGCUUCUGGAGCAACGGCGCUUGUGCAUGUAAGUGAGGGGGCGUGGCUUUUGAGGGAGCUCAGAGGGGAGGGGGUGGGUGUAGGCGGAGCACUGAGGGAAUGCUACUUUCAAAGUCAUGCUAGUUUUCAAAAAUUACCAACCCUGCCUUUAACUAUGGGUUUUAAAGAAA